GAAGGUAGUAUUUCAUACCGUAACAGGCCGUAGGUGUUAUUUUAUGAAGCAGUUGGGUAUGGAAUCUGCCAUCAAUAAAUACUUUGCAAAAUACGACGCCAACCUUAACUCGGUGCCAACGGUUAUGCCUAAUCACUUGAAUCUCAGCCUACACACCUUCCAUAAUACUAUGAUGAUAUAGAUACAAAAUAUAUUAAAUCCGAAUAUCUGGUGUAUCUUGCACAUCGAUUUUCUUUAGUGAGAUUCACGAAACAGCUUGUUAUGUACACCUAGUCAUAGAAUCUGUGCCAUUUAUUAACCACAUAUUAAGUCAUAACACAUGCGACCGAGAUCUUAUAGAUAUGGUGAUGAUAUUGGACUUUUGGUGUUAUGAAACAACAAUAUCUGAUUACUAGACAUCGCAUAGUAGUUGACGGUCAAAUUAGUACCGUGGUAGAUUAGACAGGAAAUGCCAGAACAACAAACCGCUAAACCUGCAUUGCAGGUAGAUGCCUUAGGAAGGAAAGUAUGGGACAAAACGUACUAUGCGAAGGUGGCUGAUGCCAAAACAGGGGGUAAAGGGGAUAAUAUAGAGCAAUCCAUCGCAACACUCUUACCUGAUCCUAAUCGGAAAGUUGUACAUAGCGUACCAGAAGUACGGGAAAAUCUCAAAAGGAGAAAGGAAUUUGUGGAUGUUACCAAGGAUGUUGGUAAAGUUAGAGUAAUCAAUGCUUUGACUCAUAAAUCGCAACAAGGUGGAUUUUACUGUAAAACAUGCGACUGUAUCCUUAAGGAUUCACAAGCAUAUAUGGACCAUCUCAAUGGACGUAAACAUAACCGGAUGCUGGGAAUGACCAUGCGUGUGGAAAAAGUCGAUCACAAAGCUGUAGCCGAGGCCCUUCGUAGGCGCAUUAUGCAAGAACAUUCCGCAAGUACAUCUGUGACAGAUCUCCAGAAGGAUGCUGAAGAGCGAAUUAAGGAGCUGGAGGCAGAGGAACGCGAAAGGAAGAAAAAACGGAAAAUGUGCAAAAAACUCAAAAAUAAUAACAUUGAAAACAUGAACGUGAAAACUGAGCUUGAUGGCACAAAUGAUAUGUUGGAAGAUGAAACUGCUAAACUCAUGAAAUCAUUAGGAAUGCCAACCAACUUUGCACAUGCAAUGAAAUAAUAACUGUAUUGUCCCAUAAAACAAAUAUCAAAAUCAUUUA